AUGUCGAUGUUAUUAUUGAUCAUUGACGUUCUUUUUGCUUUUUAUUCAGCCAACUUGAUUUGUUUAAUAUCAUCGUCGCCAUCAAAGAAAAUAAUCGAUAUUCAAAUAGGUGAUGAUCACGUUUUUGAGUGUCUAAUAAAUCGAAAUAAAUGGACACUUCCAUCAAUUCUUCAAUGGUAUCGUUCAAUAAAUAAUUAUUCAAUACCAAUUGCUAGUCAAUUUAAUGAUUAUCCUGUUCAUAUUGAUGAUUCAUAUGUUAAUAGAUAUAGUCUUCUUUCAAAUGGAUCUUUAAAAAUUGAAAAUAUUCAAUUAAAUGACAAUGAUACAUUUGAAUGUCGAUUAAUUUUAAUUGAUCGUGGUUUGCUUGAUAUAAAAGAAAAAUAUUUUAUAAUACUUCGUGUUAAUGAACAACCACGUUUUAUUAAUCAAUCCAAUCCAAUACAAAUUGCUGCACUAUAUUCAACAGUAAAUUUUAUUUGUCAAAUCUAUGGUGUUCCAUACCCAACGAUUGCAUGGUAUAAAGUUAUUCAACGAAGCGAGCAAACGGUUGAUGAUGAAGACUUACGAUUACUUUUAGUCAAUAGUCAACAUUUUACUCUUCAUAAUGUGGAUGACAGUGUGGCAGGCAAAUAUAGAUGUGUAGGAAAAAAUCAACUCGGCUUAGUACAAAGUGAAUUUCAACUUCUCAUUCGUGGAUCUAUUUAUUGGCGUUAUUUUUCUGAAAGUCAAACAGUUAAAAUUAAUGAUAAUAUUACCUUGAAAUGUGAAGGUCAAAGUAGUGAGCUAUUACAAUAUCAAUGGUUGAAAAAUGAAAUUUCAAUAUCGGAUACGAUAUCAUCACAAGAUCGUAUACGUACAUUUAGUGAUGGUAUUCUUAAUAUUAAUAAUAUUGAACCUUCUGAUCAUGGAUCAUAUGUAUGUAAAAUCAGUACAUUCAAUUCGACAAGUAUUCGUAGUAAACCAGCUUUUAUUACUGUUAAAUAUCCGCCUAUUCCGUCACGUAAUCGUCAAACAAAUAAUUUAACAUUAAUUCAAGGUUCAUUAGGUGUAUGUCCAUGCUUACUCGAUGCAUAUCCACCCAUUCAAUCGGUUUCUUGGUAUCGAAACCGAAGGCCUAUUCGUAUUGAACCGAAAGGUGGUGCGUAUACUAUCAAUUCUGAAUAUGCUUUAGUUAUAAAAUCAGUUGAAAGAAAUGAUAACGGUGAAUAUUUUUGUCGUGCACAAAAUUCAGAAGGUUUCGGUCACGACAGCAUGCCAUUUUAUGUUAUAAUAAAAGAACCAAUUCAAUUUAUUUCAAAACCAGAUUCAAUUUAUUAUGUUCGUGAAAAUGAUCGACUAAUAUUACCAUGUGUUGUCUUUGGUAAUCCACAACCAAGGAUUACAUGGCUUAAAGAUUCAAUAGAAUUAAAUCAAAUCAAUGAAAAUCUAACUUUAGAAUAUAUUGAAAAAACUGAUCAUGGUUUAUAUAUAUGUCAAGCAUCAAACCAAUAUACCACAAUUAAUAUAAGUACUUUGAUUAUUGUUGAAAAUACAACACCACAAGCACCUCUUAAUGUUCAAUAUGAACAAAUUUCAACAAAUAUUUUACUUUCUUGGGAAUCUGGUUAUGAUGGUGGUCGAACUCAACAUUUUAUUAUUUGGUAUCGUAUGAUAAAAACAAAAAAAGGCCAUUGGAAUCAAAUACGUGUAUUACCUAAUAAUGCAACGGAAUUUUUAUUAUUUGAUUUAGAAUUACAACAAACAUAUGAAAUAACAAUUGUAGGAGAAAAUGAUAUUGGCCUAGGAACGUUUAGUGCAAUAACAUCAGUUUAUGUAAAUGAUAAUCAAGAUUUAUCUAUUGGCAAUUUUUAUUAUUCAAAUGAAACAAAUUUCUUAAGACCAUUAUCACCCAUUGAUCUUCAUUUAUCAUAUUCAAAAUCAAAUCUUUAUAUAACAUGGAAUCAUCCAGAUAUAUUUGAUUCCUCAACAAAAAUUUUUUAUUAUGUUAUACAAUGGCGUUCAUCAAUUCUUUUCAAUAAUCAACAAUCACAACAAUCGAUUGUUAUACCAUAUCCUACUCGAUCAUACAUAUUAAAAGAUAUUAAACAAAGCAAAUAUAUAAUACAAAUAAUGUCUUAUUCAAAUGAAGGAAUAUAUAGCAUACCAAUUGAAUCAGAUAUAAAUAUUCAAUUUAAUUCAAUUCUUGCUUAUCAUGGUUCACAUCAUCUAUUAAUAUCAUUAUUUUGUUUUUUAAUUGUAUUAACAUUUGCAACAUUAUGUAUUUGUGUAUUUUUUCUUCUGAAAUAUUAUUUUAAUCAACGAAAUUUUGCUACAGAUCUUGAACCUGAUUUAAAAUUGAUAUGUUGGUGUUUUCCUUCGAUUCAAUCCAGAUUGAAUGAUUGUUCUUCUGUUGAAACUGAUCGAUAUCAUACAAAUCUUCUUAAAUCAAAUGAUAUUCAAAGUUCACCAAUUUAUUCGUCUCAACAUCAAGUUCCAACUCAAACACUGACGAAUUCAAUUCGAUCACCAUCACCGUCAGAUAGUGUUAAUGAUUCAUCAUUAUCUUUAGCUAAAUCUACAACAGUUCCACAUUGUUGUGAUUCAAUAUUAUCGAAUACACUUACAACGCCACAAUUGACACAUCAAUUUAUAUCAGCAGAUAAUUCAAAUGCGGUAGUAUUACCUUCUCUUACUUUUGCUGCAGUAUCGAUAACUAAUGAUGAUACUAAAAUGAAAUCAUUUUUUCAGCCAAUAUCAGUUGAUAAUGCAUCUCUUGUGUCUUCUAGUGAUAUAGAAGCUCGUAAAAGUACUUCUCGUCUACCACUUGAAGCUGUACCAGAACUAAGUGAACUUAACGUAGCCAAUAGUCGAUAUAGUUUUACUCAAUCAUUAUCAUCGACAAAUUAUAUAUCUCAUCGUUCACAUUCAGUUCAACCUAGUCCUGUUCUUAUUACAUUCGAUUCUAGUUCAUUAAAACGUCGUUCAUAA